UACGGAGACCAAUCUGAGGUGUAUGACAGAAACGGAAUGGAUUACGGAGUGCAAUCUGAGGGAGAUUUCCAGUACGAAAACGAGUACGGGGCACAAUCUGAAGGAGACGAGGAGGACGUAUUUGACGACGGCCAGCAAACCGAUGCAUACGAACAGAACGUAAACGACGGUGAGGAACAAUCUGAAGGAGACAAUCAAGAUAAAAAUGAAGACGGAGAAGAACAAUCAGAGGGAGAUAACCAGAACGAAUACGGGGACGGGGAUCGAUGA